AUGAAUGGGACUUGUUUGACAAAUUCUGAGCAGCUUCGUAAUCAUGUACUUCAGUUCUAUGAAGAUAACUUCAAUGGCCAAGAUCCGGUGAUAGAAGGUGAUUUAUUUGAUUUUGAGCAUGCUUCAAUUUCUGUUGAGGAGAGCAACGCCAUGGAUAUGAUUCCUUCCCCGGAAGAAAUUAAGCAAGCUGUUUUUGAUCUGAGUGCCAAUAGUGCCCCAGGGCCGGAUGGUUUCUCUGGUUGUUUCUAUCGUCAUUGUUGGGAUAUUAUUCAUGAUGAUUUAACCAAGGCCAUUAUUCAUUGUUGGAAUGUGGGUAGUAUUCCAAAUGGUGUUAAUUCAUCUUUUAUCAUCUUGCUGGCUAAGGUAGCCUUCAUGAAAGGGAGAAAUAUUCAAGAGAAUAUUAGCUUGGCGUCGGAGAUGGUUAAUGAGUUGCAUUAUAAACGCAAGGAUGGCAACAUUGGCCUUAAACUUGAUAUUUCUCAAGCUUUUGACACGUCUGCUAGAAUUUCUGUCAUUUUGAAUGGUAGUCCAGAAGGUUACUUCAAAAUUAACAGAGGUUUGCGUCAAGGUAAUUCCAAAAGUCUUCAUAAUCUUGUAGACUUGUUGGGAAGUUAUCAGCGUGCUUCAGGUCAGACUGUUUGUCGUCAAAAGAGUAAGAUUUAUUAUGGUGGUGGUUCUUCGAGUUGGUGUAAUUAUAUUGCAUCUUAUUUGGGGAUGAGUGUAGCUACUUUUCCAGACCGCUAUUUGGGAGUUCAAAUUAUGCCAGGUAUUGUUCGAUAUCGCCAUAUUAGCAAUGUUGUUGAAAAUAUUAGAAAUCAGCUUGCUGGUUGGAGAGGGAGGUUAUUAUCUUUUCAUGAUCGCAUUGUUCUUGUUAAAUCAGUUAUUACCAGUUAUUACAUUCAUAAUAUGGUUAUUUAUAAGUGGCCUCGUAAGUUUAUUCUUCAAUGUGAGAGGGCUAUCCGUAACUUUAUUUGGUCUGGUGAUUCGAACAUUAAUCGUGUAGUGGUAGUGGCUUUUGAUAAAAUCUGUUGCCCUUUUAUGGAGGGGGGUCUCGGACUAACUCGUAUGGCCACUAUGAACGAAACUCUUAUUAUGAAACUUUGGUGGAAGAUUCGUAAUUCUACAAAGAAGGGGGCUCUUUUCCUGAAGGCAAAAUUAUUUGAUCGUAAGGGUUGUAUUAAGACUUCUAAAUCUAUACAUUAA